UCUAGAAGCUAGAUCUACGGUACCAGCUGUACUCGUUCCCGGUCUGCUAACCACAGGUCUAUUAACGGUCUACUAACGGUCUAUUAACUCUAUACAUAUUCGUACAUAUCUUUGCAUAUUUCUUUCCUCACUUCGCGGCAAUUUUGCUAUCACCCUCGUUUAAUAUUCUUCACUCUCGGUGCUAGCAUCCCUCGAAUUCUUCAAACUUCCCAUCUCGCGCUCCCCCGAGCCGUCUUCGUCACCCUUCAUUAUGAGGUAGCCGUGCUAUCGCUGUGUGAGCGCCCAGAACGACAUGCAUCCUGCACCCAGUCUGUCGGAGUCAUUUCCUAAAGACAGCAAGAGUGAGGAUAGAGGUCAACACGUCUCUCAUCAGCACGAGCAGCAGCAGCAGCAGCAGCAGCAGCAACCACAGCCCGGCGGGCAUCAUCAUCAGACUGCCCAGCAACAACUUCAACCACACCAGGGAGCACACCCGGAGCACGUGCGACAUGGAAGCCUUCCGGCAUCACCAGGCCAGUCGGCGACGCCCAUGAGGAAGGACACGUCUUCAUCCACGUCGACAACUACUACCGAUACGACGACAAUAUCCAAUGUCUCCAAUGACACUAACUCGACGGCCUAUAGCGUAGAGUCGUCACAGUCCAUCUUCUCAGUCAAGGAUGGAUCAGAGAUCUCGCACAAUCGUCGUGCUAGUCGUAGGAGGACCGGACCUUUAUCUGCCCAGCAGAGGGAGAAAGCCGCACUGAUUCGGAAGCUGGGCGCGUGCGCCGACUGCAGAAGGCGGAGGGUUGCUUGUCACCCCAACCAUCAUAAUAUGACGUGGGAAGAUGCUAUGCGGAAAUAUCGCUCGUCCAGCCCUUUGCAGGAGCUCGCGCCCCUGCCUGGUCGCCGGAUCAGCCCCGCGCCAAACCAUGCAGCCCGUGUUAGACAUCACUUCCCUCAAGAUCCUCAAGAUAUGGAAAUUGACUCCACCCCCGCUACUCCUAAUAACGCCCAUAAUACGCCAGGGCGGCCACCGCUCAGCGACGCUAGGAUCCGGACGCCUCUUCCGUCAGGUCCACGGCUGGAGAAGCCCAUCUCCACGUCUCCCCUGGCUGCUGCACCAAACCAUUUCGUACCCCUGCCAAGUAUCGACUCGAUCAAGGUAGAUCUGGAGAAUGCCGCGUCGAGGAUUCUUUCCUCGCCUUACCGCAGUCGCUAUAGCAGCGUCUGCGCGCUUCUGAUCUACUGGCAGGAUGACGAGCACCCCGGCGUGGCGGCUGCGGUGGAAGAACUGGCCGGGGUCUUUGAUAAGUACUAUCAUUUUGCGUACGAGGUGCUCAAGAUUCCGUCGUCUGCGUCGGACGGCUGCACCAACUCGUGGAGGUGGCUCUCGCGGAUAAUCAACGAUUUUACGGAUAAAAGCGACACCAGGGACGUUCUAAAAAUCGUAUACUACAACGGGUAUAGUUACUUGGACGAGCAUAGGGAGAUGGUUCUGGCAAGUUCUCGGGACCGUGCGAAGGCUUCGACUAUUCGAUGGAGCGGUAUACAACAGAUAUUAGAGGAAGCGCGCUCGGACACUCUCAUUGUAAUGGAUUCUGCAUACUUUCCGUCUUCAAAGAUGGUCCGGCAGAAGGGGGUGUUGGAGCUCAUUGCGGCCUCGUCCUCGGAAGACUACUUUGACGUGUUGGACCGAAACGGGUUUACGAGAACGCUAGCUGACCAACUCCGAACACGGGCCACCCAACGAUUUCCGAAUCCCCUGUCAGCCGCCGAGCUGCAUUCGAAACUCCUAUCCGUCUACCCUAAGAUCAUCCAAGACAAGCACCCGGAGAAGGGGGUGAUACUAAGCUUCCCUUCGCCGCUGCACAUACAAAUCUCGGGUAACUCGAGGUUACCUUCGAUUACGUUAUCUCCACCGCAACCACCUCGGGUGCUGUACCCCGAGAAUCCCCACGGCCCUCAGUUGACAUUUUCGAUGCGGUUGACCGAGGAGAUGGUCAACCUUGAGAGCUGGGCCGAAUGGCUUCGUAUGAUGCCGGAUGGAAUCAGAGACGUCAAAGUCGAAGGUCCAUACACAACUACGUUUAGGUGACGUUUCGUCUCCGAUCUGAUACGUUUUUCUUGCUCUCCUUUGUUUAACGCGCCAAUCUGCCACGAGACCAUGAUAACCAACACCUUUGGAAGGAAGCGAAUGAGCAAGAUGUAUUGCUCGUCACGCUUUAGGCGACUCUUAGUCACCUACCAUCAUGUUGCUGCUACGAAGCGUCUCUCUUGAUUUUUUAUGUUUAACGAAAGAUGAUUAGCGACCAGAGGCAUGGAGGGCGAGUUUUCUUUUUCUUGCAUACAGUUCAUCAUACCCACUCCUCUUUAUGUCUUGUUUUUACCUAUGGCGUAUAGGGGAAGAGGCCGUAGCUGCGGGUGCGCCUUAUAAUCUGGAUGAAUUUUGGCUUUUUGGCAUGCCAUAGCAUAUCGAAAUAUGACGAGCGAUAGUUUGUUGACCUGAAAUGCUUCUGGCAGAGGAUGGCCAAAGGUAACACCAAUAAACAGACUCUCCAAUGAGGUUGCCUGUCCUAGAUUGAGGUCGAAGUGCCCGCAGCUGUUCGGUGUCGUAGCGUAGGUUCCGGUGAAGAUACCCGAUAAAUAGACAUAGAUAUAGUAGCAAAUGCUGCUUAUAAUUUUGAACU